ACAUCAUGGAACUGAAAAAAAUUAACCCCGACAUAAAUCCACAGCUGGGCAUCUCUCUUCAGGCUUGCCUUCUGCAAAUCGUCGGGUACAGAAACCUUAUUGCCGAUGUGGAAAAACUGCGCAGAGAGCCCUACGAUUCUGAUAAUCCCCAACACGAAGAAAUGCUUCUGAAGUUAUGGAAAUUCUUGAAGCCAGAUACUCCACUGGAAUCUCGGAUUUCUAAGCAGUGGUGUGAAAUUGGUUUCCAAGGUGAUGAUCCUAAAACAGACUUUCGAGGAAUGGGACUACUGGGACUGUACAAUUUGCAGUAUUUUGCGGAAAGGGAUGCUACAGCAGCUCAGCAGGUCCUCUCUGACUCUCUUCAUCCAAAAUGCAGCAAAUUCAGCAAAGCAGAAUGGGAAAAGAAAAGGAUGGAUAAAGCAAUUGGGUACUCAUUUGCAAUCGUGGGCAUCAAUAUUACCGACCUGGCAUAUAAUCUACUGGUUAGCGGAGCUCUAAAAACCCAUUUCUACAACAUUGCCCCAGAAGCUCCAACGUUGUCUCACUUCCAACAAACAUUCUGCUAUUUGAUGCACGAAUUUCAUAAGUUUUGGAUUGAAGAGGAUCCCAUGGACAUAAUGGAAUUUAAUCGUGUGCGGGAGAAAUUCCGCAAGAGAAUCAUCAAACAGCUGCAGAACCCAGACAUGGCGCUGUGCCCACAUUUUGCUGCCUCGGAAGGUUUAAUCAACAUGUAG